AUGAACAACUCUCUAAAAAGUAAAACUGUUCGAUCAGGUUCUGCUAGAGUUAAAUCAGCUAUUGAGAGAGCAGGACUAAUUCAACAAAGAGAGCAAUUGAGAGAAAUGUUGAUUAGCAAAUUUUCAAAAGAUUUCGCAUAAGGCAACAAGAAUAAGGAAGUGUUAAUUUAGUAGAUAGUUAAUGAAUACUUCGCGAAUGAGCAAGUUACCGAAAAUUCUUUAAAAUAAUUGAAGACAAGAGUCUAAGAGGCAAUUCAAAAAUAAAAAUAUCAAAGUUAAACUUAAUAAAACCCAUCCUUAAAUACUUAAAUUGACAAUAGAAGUGAAUAGAAAUCGCAAAAUGCUCGACCUUAAACUGUGAAGAGUUCAGUUAGAUCUGAGAGGGAUGCAGAUCAAUAUUCUGUUACGUCUUCAUAAUUUGAAAAAGCACCAAAAUCUGUUUACGUUGUCGAUGAUGAAGAUGAAUGGGCUGCUUUGGUUAAAUUUGAUACGGAACUUCACACAAAGGAACAAUAACUAGAAAUGCAAAGGUAGGGAGAGUUUAAAAAAAAAAUGAAAGCAGAGCUUGAUAGAUAAUUAGAGGAGAAAAGAAGGAGAUUAGAGGGAGAGAAGAAACAGGAAGAAGCUUAUGUAAAGAUCAGAGAUUACCAAAUGAAUGUGUAUGAUCAACGAGAAGAUUAGAAGAAGAAGGAGAAAGAAAGAAAGUAGUAGUUGGAAAAAGAGCAAAGAGAUCGAUAAGUUAGGGAAGAGGAAAAGAGAAGAUUUUUAGAGAAAAAGAGAUAAUCAGAAUAGGAUGCAGUAUUGGUUCAAAGAAUUUAGGAAGAAUUAAAAUAAGAGUAAAGGGAAGUGCUUCAGAGGAAGGAGCUAGAGAAGAGAAAGUUUAUGGAAAUGAUGGAAGAGAAUGAAAAAAAUAGAUAGAAACAAAUUCAUGAUGAAAUAACAGAGAAACAAUAGGAAAUUGAUAUGUAAAGGAAAUAUAUAGAUUUACAAUAAAAAUUAGAGUAAGAGAGAGAAUUAGAAAAGAAGGAGAGAGAGGAUAAAAUAAAAAAGAUUAUGAGUGAUUUUUCAUAAACAGUAGUUAAGAAUCAAAAAGAUCAAAUCAAAGCUGAGGAUGAUAAAAUGAUGAAAGCCAUACUAAUGCAAAAUCAAAUAGAAUAAAAUGAUGAAGAUCAAAAAAGAAGAUAAAUUAAAUAACAACAAUAGGAGAUGAGAUAAUAUUUAAACAAGUAGAUGGAUGAUAAAAGAUAGAAAGUAAAAGAAGAGGAAGAAUUAAAUAAAAAGUAGGCUUAGGUUUGGUAAUAAGAUCUAUAAAUGUAUUAAACACAUGAGAAAUAAAAAUUUAAUUACAUAAAGGAUGUUAAUUUGAAGCAUCAAGAUAUUUUAAAGUAAUAAAUAGACGAAAGAAAAUCGUAGUAGAGACCCAGAAAUAAAAUGAAUAAUGAGGAAUUAAUGCAUAAUAAACCUUUACUGAAAGAAUUGGCAGACAAGUAAGAUGCAAUUAAAGUAAGAAAGAUGAAUGUAUGA